AAGUCAAAGUGGUUUGUUAUUUUCAUCCGUAUGCUGAACAUUUUGUCAGGUAAUAGUUAUUGAGAAUCCUGACUAUUUAGUAGCCAACGAGGUGCAUCUAAUUAUAUCUGCUCAGCACUCAGCAGGGCCAGCAAGUCGUGACUGGGCUGGCUCAGGCUGGGACAAGGGCUGGGAGGAGGAACGGCUGAAGCUGAAGACUGAGGGUGCUGAAGCCGAACUGAGACUGUGAAUUUGUCGUCGGAAACUGGCGCUGGCGCGGCGGCGGGCCGGGCGGCGGCAGCAGCGGCAGCUCCACCAUGGCCUCGCUGACUCUGGAGGAGCACGAGCUGCGCGCCGACUCCAAGUACCGCCAGUACACGGCCACCGUGGACAAGGCGCUCAAGAGCUUCGAGUACACCAGCGAGUGGGCCGACCUCAUCUCGGCGCUCGGCAAACUCAACAAGGUGCUGGUGUCUAAUAUCAAGUACCCGGUGAUCCCGAGUCGGAUCGUCAUCAGUAAGCGGCUGGCGCAGUGCAUGCACCCGGCACUGCCCAGCGGAGUGCACCUCAAGGCGCUGGAGUGCUACGACAUCAUGUUCAAGUGCAUGGGCACCAACCGGCUCAGCCAGGAGCUGUUCAUCUACAGCGCAGGUCUGUUCCCAUUGUUCGGUCACGCGGCGAUGAACGUUCGGCCGGCGCUGCUGACCAUCUACGAGACCCACUUUGUGCCGCUGGGCCGGCGGCUGCGGCCCGGGCUGCGCGGCUUCCUCAGCGGCAUACUGCCCGGCCUCGACGAGGGAUCCGACUACUUCGACAGGACGGCGACACUGAUCCAGCGGAUAGCUGAGGGCGUGGAAACGGACUACUUCUUCGGCUGCCUGUGGGACUGCGUGCUCUGUAACCCGGCCAUCCGGCUGCCGGCCAUCACCUUCACGCUGAUGAAGUUCAACAAGAAAGUCAGCAUGGAGGAUCAGCUGUUCAUCAUGGGCACCGACCUGGACGUCACGGUGGGCGCGCUGUGUGCCGCCGUUCAGGACUCGAGCGUGCUGGUGCAGCGGUUCACCCUCGAUCUGCUACUGGCCGCCUUUCCCAUGCACAACAGCCAGUUGAUGCGCUCGGACCUGGUGCGUCUGGUGACGGCGGCUGUGACUGUGCUGCUGCGACGGGACAUGUCCCUCAAUAGGCGUCUGUACUCGUGGCUGCUGGGCUCGGAGGUGGAUGUCAGCGUACUGCCCUCGGAGAACCCCGUGGUGAAACGUACGGAGAGCGUCACAUCAAACACCUCCUGCGACCAGAGCACCGCCUACUUCGACGCCUACUCGCGGCCGCUGACCAUCGACGCCAUCACGAACUGCCUGAGCGCCAGCUCCGUGUCGACCAGCCCGGACGUCCGGCCCUACCGGCUCAUCAUCUCGCUGCUGGACAAACCCGAGAUCGGCCCGCCCAUCCUCGACUACAUCAUGAUCGAGGUGCUCAGGGCGCUGUACCAGAACUACCAGUCGGCGGGAGGCGGCGCGGCGACCUCCCCCUCCGACCGGCGACCCUCGCGACAAAACUCCACCGGCGCCACGGACGGCACCAAGCAGCAGCAGGACCUCGUCAAGACUGCCAACCUGCUGUUCGGAGCGCUCGAACCGCACUACGUCUGGGAAUACAUGAAGGUGAAGUACGGAGAGGCGUGUCGCCGCGUGGUGUCGGCCUGCGACCCGUCGGGGCCGGCGGCCGACCCGGAGCCACACGCAGCCGUGCAGCCGGUCGGCGGUGGCGACCCGGACGUGGCCGAGUGCUGCGCGCUCAUCGUCUUCCUGCUGGACGUGAUCUCGACCGAGACGAGUGUUGAGGUGCAGACGGAGCACCUUCCCGACCUGGUGUGCGGCGUGCUGCAGAGUCUGGGCGUCACGCUCACAGAGGGCGUCGGCCGGCUGCGGCCCGCCGACCUGUGCUGCUCGCUCGACAUCUGCCGCACCGUGCUGAACAAGGCGCAGCCGGGCACGCGGCGCUCGCGCAGCCCGCCGGCCGCGCCGCCGGCGCCGCCGCCCGGCUCGGUACGCGACGCCAGCCGACUGUUCGCGGCGCUGUUCGCCAGUCUGGUGGAGGCGCGGCUGCUGGCGCACGGUGUCCAUGUAGCCGACAGCUGCCGGCGGCUGGCGCUGGGCGGCCGCUCCAGGGCCGAGGAGCGGGACGCCGGCCUGCGGCAGCUGCUGCUACAGCGGGUGGAGGCCAGCGGCGGGCCGGGCCGGCCGGCGCCGCAGCCGCCUCCCGCCGCCUCCAGACAGGAGCAGGUGGAAGCGGCGCUGCGUGUCGCCGAGGCGCACCAUGUCCCGCUCUCGCCGGAGGCCGGACAGUACGCCGAGGCGUUCCGCAGCGCGUGCCAGCUGCUGGUGGUACUCUCCUCGUUCCCCGCCACCGAGGACCGGGAGGAGUCACCGCCGCCGUCAGCGGUUCCUGGCGCGCUGGACCUGCCUCCGUGGCUGUCUGCGCUGCUAACAGUGGCGUGUUUCGCGCCACUGACGGCCGGCGGGCCGACCGGACUCCCGUUCUCUGCUGUCUCCACUCUCCUGGACCUGGUGGCUCUGGUGACCUCGGUGGGCGCGGCGGGCAGUCAGCGGGCGGCCGUUCAGCCGCUGCUGACGCCCGACCAGCACCGCGCCAUCGUGGACGACACGGUGGUCACUCAGCUGCUGACGCGGCGCCUGUGGCGGCUGCUGUCGCCGGAGCGGGCGGCCCUCCACCUGCCCUGCGUGGACCUGCUGCAGCUGAUGCUGAGCCUGAUGCCGCCGCAGCUGGUGGAGAACCAGCUGGCGGCGGACAUGACGCACCCCGACCUGGCCGUCAGGACGGAGGCGUUCAGCCGGUUCGCCGUGUUGUGGCACUUGAGUCGCGAGGUCUCGGCGCGCCGCCACAUCAGCCGCUCGUUCGACCGGUGUUUACUCCUGAUGCUCGACUGUCUGCGCGACCCCAGCGGACCGCUACACGCCGUGGCCCGCACCUGGCUGACGCACACACUGCAGCGGGGUGACGUUACCAGGAUCAUGGAGCCGCUACUGCUACUCCUGCUGACACCGAGCACGGCGCGGGUCAGCGUACAGCACAUCAACGUGCGCGCCACCGAAUCUGACGCCAAAGAGAGCGACGAGCUGGGACGGGUGUACGCCAUCAGCUCUGUGGAAGGUAACGUCAUCUACCACGUGUCGGAGGAGGCUGGCGCGCCGGCGGCGGCCGCGCGCCGCGCCUCGGCCGCCCGGAAGCUGAUGACUCUGACGUCGGUAGCCGGUCCGGGUGGGGCGCCGCAGACCCGCGCCGGCACUGUCCGUCUGCCGGGGCCGCACCAGCUCAGCUCGGCGCUGCUGCAGCCCAUCUCUGUGUUCGUCAACCCCAUCACUGUGGGCGCCGUGGACGCGGAUGAGUCGGACGCCGACCCUCCGGUCUCUCUCGGCGCGCGUCGCCUGGACCUGUCCGGUGUGCGCCGGUUCAGUCCCGACCAGCCGGCGGCGGGCCGAACAGCAACAGACGGCGCCGAGAGGGCCGGCUCGCAGACUCCGUUCGACGGCCUGUCGCGGCUGUUUGACGGCGCGGAGGAGAGCGUCUCACUGGCCACCAGCAUAGUUAAUGAGAUCGUUGAUUUGGCUCUCGACAAAUGUAAUCUCAAAGAAUCAAAAUGGGUCGACAAGAAGGAACCUGAACAGAGCCAAGAGAAGCUGAUCCAUCCGCUACAUAGCUUUAUGCUGCUCUACUGCCAGGUGUGCGACUCUGGCCGGAUCCUGUACGCGCUGCAGACGCUCCGCGCUGUGUUGGAGACCGACUGCCGUCUGACCCUGUGCAGUAUGGCCACCACCAGCGUCUGUUCCACCUCCGGACAGUCGCCGGGAAACCGGAGUCAACAGAUCCAGGUGCUGCUGGCGUGCCACCGUCAGUCGAUGCAGGGCCGGCGGUUCGGCGGCGAGCAGCAGGCCGAGGCGCUGACCGCCUACCGCAGCGCCAUGCUGCUGGAGGUGGUGCUGUCACAGUGCGUCCAGUUCAUCCGCAGCUACUACCCGACCCUGGAGCCGGCCUCGGUCACCGCCGAACAGCUGCGCGCCAACAGACAGGUCCAGAUAGUGUCUGCCGAGAUCCUGACGUCCAUGUUCUCGGAGCUGGUGACUGUGGUUCGCUCCAGCGGCCGCGGGUUCGCAACCUACCUGGCUGACGUGCUGCAGAGAUGCAGGGUGCAGAAGACGCUGCUGAACUGCCUGCUGUCCACGGUACACUCGCUGCGGGCCGGACCUCGGACUGACACUACCCUCACCGAGGACAUCAUCGAGUUUAACGAGGUGUGUCCGCCGGGCCCGGCCGGCGGCGGCGGAGGAGUGGCCGGCUCGGCGCACACACCCCUGCUCAGCUUCACAGAGACGCUGCAGAUUCAGCUGAUCAGGCUGGUGCUGUCGCUGCUGAUUCUGGAGGACCAGACGGACCAGCUCAAGUCGGACAUGGACGGCGCUCCCUCCGCCGGCGGCCGCGUCGGCACGCCCUCCGCCUCCGAGGCGGCCAAGUUCUACCCGGGACACCCGGUGCCGGCGCAGCCCAUGCUGCUCAACGCCAUCACUGGUGCACUCAAACAGAGUCACCGUCGUCACCUGCACCACCACUGGCUGUCGCUGGUGACGUCAUCGCUGCCGUUCAUCCGCCGGCCGCUGCCGCACAUAGUGACGUCAGUGGUGACGCAGCUGGUGCACAACAUAGAGCAGCUGGCCGCCAUGUACCGCUCCGAGAGCAGGCUGGCCGAGGACGCGUGCGUGCCGCCCGACCACAUGGUGUACCUGGUGGAAUCGCUGACCGUCAUCUGCCACUUCUGUAUGAUCGACUCCAGCCAGCAGGGCUCUGGCGUUCAGUCGUCGUCGUCUGCGGAGCUGCUGCAGACAUACGCGCCGGGCUCGUCAGCGCCACAGGUGCUCAGUAACCUGCUGCACGUCCUCACCACGGCGGCGCCGCUCAAGGACGACGGUGGCCGAGACGCGAGCACUGAGUCGCUGCUGAACGCUCGCCGCCUGCUGCUCAACAGUCUGCCGCGUAUUGUGGUCGGUCUGGCCGCUCUCUGGCAGGCCAUCACCGCGCGCACCGCCAGCGAGUCUCCGUCGUGGAUCCUGGGCGUGCCGCGCAUGGUGAAGCAGCAGGUGCUGGAGCUGCUGUCGCCCAUAUCGCACCACCACCCGGCCAACUUUGUGGCCGCCGUGGCCGCCGCCUGGCACGAGCGCCGCCUGCGCGGACAGCCCAAACAGAGCAUCCCGGAGUUUUGCGCCGACCAGCUGGUGCUGGUGGAUCUCGUCUCGUCUAUCCGAGUCAUCCCCAUCGAUAACCUGGUACAGACGGUCCGCUCCGUGGUGAAACAGCCGCCCAACAUUGGCCUGAACCGUUCCCAGCUGCCGUGCGCGGCGCUGCAGUUCCUGCUGUGCCACCUGCGCUCUGUGCCGGCGCCGGCGCUGGCCGAGUGCUGGUCGUCGCUGCUGGUGCUGCUGCGCGACGCUGGCCAGCUGACGCCGCCGGCCCAGUUUCUGCUGCUGGCAGUGCUCAAUGAGUACGUGCAGCGCGCGCCGCCGCUGCCAGAGCGCAAGGACCAGCGGGACCUGCAGGAUGUGGCUGCCAAGCUGGUAGAGGCGUGCAGCGCGGUGGCCGGCGCCUGUCUGGAGCAGACCACCUGGCUCCGGAGGAACCUGGCAGUGCGCGCGGUGCCUGGCGGGUCAUCCGAGCGAGACCAAACGGCCAGUCCCGAGCCGGGAAAGCCGACCAGCAACGGCCACAGCCCGGAGGCGGCCCAGUGGAGUGUUCAGGCGCUGCGCAUCCUGGCCGAGCUGCUGGCGCCGCUGCUGGACGUGCUGUACCAGUCAGACGAGAAGGACCGAGUGCUGCCGCUGCUUACCGGUGUCAUGUGCCACGUCACACCCUACCUGAAGGAGCACAGUCCGGCGAACACGGCCUCGUUCCUGGCGUGCUCUCAGCUGCUGGCCUCGCUCUCCGAGUACCAGUACUCGCGGCGCGCGUGGCGGCGCGAGGCGUUCGACCUGCUGCUCGAGCCGGCCUUCUUCAGCAUGCAGGAGCAGUGUCUGCCUUUCUGGCGCACUACCAUCGACAACCUGAUGACACACGACAAGACGACCUUCAAGGAGCUGCUGGCGCGCGUGGUGGUCUCGCAGCCGGGCACGCUGAACCUGUUCUCCUCGCGGGAGGCUGAGUACGAGCUGCGCGCCCAGCUGCUCAAACGGCUGGCGUUUGUGGUGUUCUGCUCGGACGAGGACCAGUACCAGCCGCACCUGCCCGAGAUCCAGGAGAAGCUGGCCGAGUCGCUGCGGCUGCCGCAGGUGGCCCCGUCCAUCCAGUCUGCCGUGCUGCUCUGUUUCCGAGUGCUGCUGCUGCGCAUGUCGUCCCGGCACGUGGUAUCCCUGUGGCCCUCCAUCAUCACCGAGCUGGUUCAGGUGCUGCUGCAGAUGGAGCACCAGCUCAGCAUGCAGAGCGACGAGUUCAGUCAGCAGCUGAAGAAGCUGUCGGCGCUGGACGGCUCGUGGUCGGGCUCCAGUAACGGUCUGUCGGCCACCGGCCACCCGGGAGCCCUGCAGCUCCACCUGGAGGCCUGCAAACUGCUCGACCUGUGCCUCACGCUGCCCGCACACCGGCUGCCACAGUUCCAGAUGUACCGGUGGGCGUUUGUCGGCUCCGGGGACCAGGAGUCGUCACCGGCCGCCGUCCCGGACACCUCAGCCGGCGGACAGCAGCUGCAGCCGCGCGACUUUGUGCCCCACGUCACCCGGCUGACGCAGCUGGUCCUCCAACUGUGCCGCGGCUCCCCGCCGGAGCCGCUACGCGCCGCGCCGCACCAGCCGCUGCUACACGUCACCUCGGUCCGGCAGCCGGCCGACCUCUACCCGUUCUUUGUGGCUCUGGGCGGCGGCCGGCCGCGCUCCAGCGACCCCAGGCCGGCGACACCGGCCGACCGCGGGCCGCGGCCGUCCGCCGAACAGGAGACUGUGGCCGCCGUGGAGGCUGUCCUGGCCAGAGACUUCCUGGAGCCUCUGGGAGAGCAGCGGUAGCGGCUGUGACAGGCCUGUACGGUGGGCAGCUGCCAAUGGGACACCCGCCGCCCUGAGGGGUCUCCGACACACGUCUCUUGCCAGAGGGUACUGAUGAGCGUGAGUUAGAUUGUAGUUGAGAGUGGCAUGAUGAGGGGAACGAUGGAGAGAAUGACGUGUAUGCAACGUUGUCAAGCCGCAACACUGAGUACUUCAGUCUCGAAGGGACAAUCAGAAGUCUCCGUUCGGAGAACGCUAUCACUGGAGAAGCGUUGGGGAACGCUGAGCCAAUUCCACGCCUUAUUUCAUUUUCGCGUGAUGUACAAUAAUAUUUAUUUUCUAUUGUAGUUGUAGUUAGUUGGGUGGUUGCCGGACCACCGUCAUAUCCCGACAUCCGCCGCGGCCGUUUGAGCUGUGCCGUAGAUAGCUGGGUUUAGAAUGUGUGAGAUGCGCUCCUAAUCCUUCCGAAUAUGUCCCGAUGUGUGAUGACUGCCCACUUGCCAGAAUCAAUGGCUUGUGAGGCCCAAAGGGCUUCGUUUUAUCGUUGCGACAUCCGGGGUCGAGUAGGUGCUGACCUCUGCCUGUCUCCGUUGGCUGCCCUGUCCCCCACCGGGUAUGCUUGCGGAUGCCUCGAUGCUGUGUCUGCUGUGUCUGUGCCUGGGCGUUCUGGUGUGUCUGUGCCUUGGCGUCCUAGUGUGUCUGAGGGUGUGUCCUGACGGGUCCGAGUGUGACUGUGUGUCCGGUCGUCUGUAUCGGUACAGCCUGAGCCGCUGGCCGCUCUAGUCAGUGGAGUGGGCGCUCCUGCCGCUCCCGUACCUGUGUCGGGUUUCGGAGCCGUCCUUCUCUGAGCUGCUGUGUGUCGCAGCCCAGUCACAGCGCCCGCAGCGGGCGGGCGGCCAUUCCAGUGUGCUCGCCGAGUCCCAGUGAUGCUAUGCAUGAUCAUCCGCGCUAUGAGCGCCUCCAGCUUCCAGGGUGCUUAUUUUCUGACCAUGGGAAAUGAAUGGUGUAAUGGGUCGUCGCCAAAGGCAACAUGACAUCUUAUGACGAGGAAUUGUACCGCGAGAAGUAUUCUGUGCGACUAUUUUCAUGUCGGGCUCGACAGCUCUUGGCCAAACCGGGAGGCGUGCUACCUUUAUCGGUAAAAUCGUAUUGAUGCGGGAUUUAUGCAAAGUACGCUAGUAGAAAAUAUGUUCCGUUGUUGUUUAAUCUCGGUUGUACUUAGUCGCCAGUCUAAAUGUUUGUUAUUUGUGCUAACGGGGUUUGCUGGGCUAACAUACAUAUAUCAAAGGUUUCUUGCUAUUGUGAUUGUGAUAUGGGGCUGGUUGUAGUUUGGGCACGGUUUGUCCGGCGGGCAUGGUUUGUCCAGCAGAUGUAUCCGAUUCCGGACGCGGCGGCGGGGUACGCUGCCGUGCCCUUGUUGGCCCCUGUUUGGUGUUUCAUCAUAGCAGCUGGUCGCUGCUGAUGCUGCGUAGUUACUCUAGUCGCACCAGGCCUCCACGCUUGUUGUUGUUGCCGAGAGGUUUCCGCCACGUUACGUUUGUGUAGUUUCACGAGGCCAGGUCUCGCCCGGUAGUAUCUGACGUAUAUCGGUGAUGUUACGUAUGCUGCAGUCUGUGACUGCUUCUCCACGUUCGCUGCUGCUGCGCGGGCUGUGCGCCGUCCUGAGUUGGGUCCUUAUGCUGUUUGUCGCACGGCCUCUGACUGUGAACUGACGGCGGCAGGUCGGGACGGAGCGGGCCCACAGAACAAGCGGUCAUUCUGGCGGUACGGGGACCGCAUUCAUCGUGUAUAUAGUGUGUAUUUAUGAUAGAGCCUAUGAUCAUAUAUCCAAAGCAUGGAGUGCAAGAGGACAUUCUUGUGAUAUUGGGGAUAAUAUAUUUUCUCAUGUAUGCGA